CUUUCAAAUUUAACGAACCAACGUAUACACAAUCACGGUUACCGAUUGUUUUGUUUUGUUCAAUUUUUAUAACAGAAAAUAUGGAGAGUUUUGAUUUUCGUAUAUAAAUUUUUCAGGUACGCAUUAUAAAGAUGGCCAGUGCAAUUAAAGCAGCAAAGGAAGAGCUAAUAUGUCACAUUUGCAAAAACAAUCUGAAUGAUCCGAAGACAUUGUUGUGUCUCCACUCGUUUUGCAAAAACUGUAUCCAAGGAUUCAUCGUUGAAAAUGUAAAAAACGCAAAGAAGCCAAAAGGAUUUGAAUGCCCAACAUGCAGACGAGAAACAAGCGUCGCAAAAUUCAUUGGGAAGGCACCCGUGGAUUGGGCAGAUGAGCUUCAUACAAACGAGUCCUUGGUCAAUAUUUUGAAACUUUUAACACUAAGCGAUGACCAAACGUCGAGACAGUGUCCUUUCCAUAUGAGUAAAGAAGUUGAGUUCUUCUGCGAACAACAUCUCACGUUGGCAUGCUCCCUCUGUGCAAACAUUACCCACAAAACAUGCGAGUCGGUACUCCCGCUUUCAGAAGCAAUAAGCAAACGCCGCACGAGCAGUAGCAAAAUAAUAUCAGGUCUUUCGGAACAAAUUACCAUGACGGAAAAGGUGAUGAACAAUAGGCAUGUUCAGCUAGAAACAAUUGAGAAGACAGAAAUGGAUAUUAAAAACCAACUCGGUGAUAUGAGACAAAGGUUUCUGGAUUUUUUUAGCCAAAUGGAAGGAAGAAUUUUAGACAAAAUUGCGCAAGCGAGAAUGAAAGAGGGCGGAGUUCUCCAAACGGAGAUUGAUAUCUGUCACGGACUUCUAAAUGAAAUUGAAGACUCUAUAAAAACUGUACAAGAAGCAUUAGAGUAUGCGGAUGAAAUUAAAUUUCUUACUAAAUAUAAUGACCAUCUGAAGCGUUACAGUGAACGACAACAACGGAUAAAGACAAUGACGGAAAGUCUUAGGGAUAUAAGAAUAUCCUUUCAGGCUAACCGCGAAAUUGAACAUCAUCUAUUCCAGAUCAAAAGCGUUGGUACACUGAGCAUAGACAGAACACGUAGUAAAAUAGCUGGACUAGGACAAAACCACCAUGAAUUUCUUGGUACUAGUAAUCAAGAUUAUAUGUAUGAUUUUAUAAAUGUACCGAAGACAGCGCGAUCAACCGUUGACAUUGCAUUUGUCAGGCCAAAUACACAUCGACCGACUACAUACAACCCGAGUUCGACGUCACUUCCGUCAAUAAGAUCAAUCAGCGAGAAAGGAGAUAUGACGUCAAGAACAUCUCGCAUGUCCUACGUUGAAAUACAAUCUCAGCGAGACCCACCUCAGGUUGAUUAUGAAAAUGAGCAACCAGGCGUCAGUAUCGCAUACAAAAGCUCAAAGACGAUCAAAGCGACUUUGAAGACUGAACUUGAUGUUGCAGUUGCUUUUCAGAAAGAGUGUUCUAUUGAAGGUGCUGCAUUUCUGAAAAAUGGUUAUAUCGUGUUGUCAGACUCAGCAAACAGUUCACUGAAGCUGCUCAAUUCGAAAUAUCAGUUUUUGACAAUGACCAAAUUUUCUUCUAACCCUGGCGAUAUAACGACUGUGGGUGAAUUUGACGUUGUUGUGUGUCUCCCAGACACCAUGCGCCUAAAACAUCAGAAAAUUGAAAACGAGCGUAUCUAUUCUGGAGAGGUUUUGUCUGUUAGCGAUAAAUGCUACUCUGUUUCCUUCAACAAAGGAACACUUGCCACGUGUUCAAACAAAAGCAUUUACGUUUUCCAACGUGACCAUAACGCGUGGCUCAAAACUACGACAAUUCCAGUACGAUCCGAAAGUCUGAUGUACAUCGCCGUGGAUCCAUCGGGAGAAAAGAUCGUCGUUACUCGAAACGGUCAUCCAAACACUUCAAUUAUCUGCAUGACAAUCCGAGGAACAAACAUUUGGAAUUUCUCUCACGAGAGUGUCAAGCUACCACGUGGUGUUGUUUUCUAUGGCAACAAGAUUCUCGUGGCCGCUUGGGAUCAGCAUAAAAUACUUCAGAUCAGCUCCGAUGGUCGCCUAGAAGGGGUAGUCGUGAACCAAGGAAUUCAAUGGCCAUGGAAAAUCAGUCUUAAUCAUCGUGGGGACAAGAUGAUUGUCUCGCAGUGUUACUAUAGACUGGCAACGAAAGAGAAAAACUGCUUGAAAAUAUUUAAACUGAGCAAACCGGAGCCUAAAGAGAUUGUUACAGACCAAACUAUAGAAGAAUAAAUAGAGUUUGUAUGAAAUAGUAGAAAAAAGAAAAUUUUACACAAAGGAAAAUUUGUAAAACUUUCAAACUUGAAGAAGAGAAAUUACACUUGUUCAUUAACAUUUAAGUUCUAAUGCAAUCUAUGAGAUUGGUAGUAGUUUUAAAGAGCUAGAUCGUCUGUCUUUAUGAAGAAGAAAAUAUGAUAAUUGCAUAUACAUUGUAUCAUUCAAUAUUGAAAUAAAAG